AUGUCUGCCGGUUUCUUGACCACUGCAGGUACGAAGAUCGUUGAUGCUGAAGGAACCCCGGUCGUCCUUAAAGGGGCAGCUUUGGGCGGGCACUUGAAUAUGGAGAACUUUAUUACUGGUUAUCCCGGUCAUGAAACCGAACAUAAGUUGGUCUUGGAGAAAAAAAUAGGUAAAGAGAAGUUCGACUAUUUUUUCGAAAAGUUCUACGAAUAUUUCUGGACUGAGAAGGAUGCUGAAUUCUACAGAAAUAAAUUGGGUUUUAACUGUUUGAGAAUUCCUUUCAAUUAUCGACACUUCAUCGACGAUAAUGGUGAUUUGUUCAAAAUUAAGGGAAAGGGCUUUGAAUUGUUGGAUAGAAUAGUAGAUAUCUGUUCCCAGUACGGAAUCUAUACUAUUUUGGAUUUACACACAACUCCUGGUGGACAGAACCAAGGUUGGCACUCUGAUUCUGCUAUUCACAAGUCUCUCUUUUGGGAUUUCAAGGUUUUCCAAGAUUCAAUUGUUAACCUUUGGGUUGAGUUGGCCAAGCAUUACAAAGACAAUGUCUGGGUUGCUGGUUACAAUCCAUUGAACGAGCCUGCCGUUUCAGACUCUGAAAAGUUGGUCGACUUCUACAAAAGAUUGCACGACGAAGUUAGACCCAUUGAUCCCAACCACAUUUUCUUCCUUGAUGGAAACACAUAUGCAAUGGACUUCAGGAAAUUCCCUUCGCCAGAAUCCUAUAUUCCUAAUACAGUAUAUUCAAUUCAUGAUUACUCUACCUAUGGUUUCCCAAAUCUUGAAGGUGCAUUAUACACUGGUUCAGAAGAGGAAAAGUCAAAAUUAAAAUCUCAAUAUAACAGAAAGAUCGAGUACCAAAGUGAAUACAAAGUUCCUGUUUGGAAUGGUGAGUUUGGACCCGUUUAUGCUUCAAAGGAAAGAGGUGACAAAAAUCCGGAAGUAAUCAACCGGGCACGGUUCAAUGUCUUGAAAGACCAAUUAGAAGUCUACAGAAAGGGAGAUCCAUCAGGUGACGGCUCCCCUAUUUCGUGGUCAAUUUGGUUGUACAAAGAUAUUGGUUUCCAAGGUUUGACUUACGUCUCUCCCAAGUCAAAAUGGUAUGAGGUAUUUGGAGAAUGGCUACUUAAGAAGAAGAAGUUGGGUUUAGAUAAAUGGGGCAAUGACAUUGACCCGGGUUAUAAUCAAUUGUACCAAAACUUGGUAGACCAUAUGGAAGCCAAUGUCCCAGAAAAGUAUCAUAAAGUUCUAUACCCUCAUACAUGGACAAUGGAGAAAUAUUUGGCCCGUGUUUCUAGAGAUAUGCUCUUUUCACAAUACGCUCAACAUGAAUAUGCUGAUUUGUUCGUUGGAUUUUCUUUAGAAGAACUUGACGAAUUAGCUGCUUCUUUCAAAUUUGAGAAUCUAGAUCAAAGAGAGGAAUUGAAUCAGAUAUUGAAAGAAUACUAG